UUUUUUUUCCACGCUUCAAUUAUCGAUUGCUCCAAAAGGAUGUCUAGCCUACCGAGUGCAUUAUGGCUCUCGUCAGGCUUGACUCUCACAGUAUGUGGGAGUGCCGUCAUUCUAUCGAUACAACGUGGAUUGCAACAUAAGAAAACGCAACCCACCGAAGAAACAGCAUCGGCGUCCGCAUCCAAAUUGCGCUUCGAUGACAAACGCGAUCUUCAAGUACCAUUUGCCGACAAUGAUCGCUUACCUCGAAUGACCUUUGAUACCAUUGUCAUGACAGCCAUGGCUGUCUACAAUCUCUACACCACAGUUCGAGAAUUUACCCACCUUGAGCAGCAUACGCAAGCCGCCAUUGCUACGGUGAUUGCUUACACUUUGAUGCUGGCUUCGUGGCUAUACGCACUGGCUUUGGUAUGCCUUUCGGGCCGCUACAAGCUGCCCAACGAAUGGGGAUGGAAACUCAACGUCCAUCUGUGCGUCUUUUAUUUUGUGGCCUGGUGUAUGUCUUUAUACGCGGCAUGGGAGGUGUUCACCAAGUACUCUUUCGUAUCGUGGGAAGGCGGUCUUCCUCUGUUGAUCGCCGUGGUGGCAAAUAGCGAUCUCCUUUAUACGACAGCGACGGUGGAACGAGGUCAACCUUUUUUGGAUGAAAAUGGUAAACCGGUUUCAGCGGUAAAUGUGUCAUCGAUCUGGAGUACUCUUUAUUUCAACUGGGUUACACCUUUGAUCAAGACGGCCUACCGAAAAAAGAGUCUUGUGGACGAUGAUUUACCGACCUUGCCGCCUCUCUAUCGUGGUUAUAACCUGUAUUAUAUUUUCGGAGAACAUCGAAAUCGGUCGUUACUGUACCGGAUAUACCAGGCCAACAGAUCUGCCAUCCUUAUUCAGGUCACCCUGGCUUUUAUUACGUCGCUUUUAUACUAUGUUCCCGCCUAUUUCUUGAACCAGUUACUUGUUCUUAUUCAGCAUAUUCAAGGAGGAAUGGAUAAUCGUGAAAUGCUGACCCAAGGGUUCUUGGUCGUGGGCGGUCUUGGUCUCUCCAUCUUCGUCACGGGUAUCUUCGUGGGCCAGUUGUGGUAUUACGCUGCUUCCUCGGUCCAGGUCCGUAUUAAAUCCAUGCUGAACAUUGAAAUCUAUCGCAAAACGUUGCAUCGUAUGGAUUCGGCAGUCGCUGGUGGUGGGGAAGAGAAGGAUGAAUCAUCGAAUGCCGAAACAACCGAGGCCUCGGAAUCGACGGAGGAUGUUAGCUCUUCUACGGGUACGAUCGUCAAUCUCAUGAGCACCGAUUCCAACCGUAUUUCGGAAUUCUCCACUUGGUGGAUGUCGGUCAUUUGUGCUCCUACGGAGCUCGCUAUUGGCAUCUACUUUCUGUAUCAAUUACUUGGACUUUCGUGCUUCUUAGGUUUACUGGUAAUGAUCGUGACGCUUCCCUUGAAUCAUUACAACGCGAAACUAUUUGCAAAGACCCAAGAUCAGUUGAUGGAGUCGCGUGAUAAGCGAGUCGCUUUGAUGAAUGAGGUACUUCAAGGCAUUCGCCAGAUCAAGUUCUUUGCUUGGGAAAGAAAUUGGGAAAAACGGAUCAUGGAAGCGCGAGGCCUGGAACUCAAACACUUGAGGACGUCCUACAUUUCCGAAGUUUUGUUUACGAUUUUGUGGCAAGGAUCCCCUAUUUUGGUCACCAUCAUCUCUUUCUGGUCCUUCACCAAGCUUGAAGGCAAAGAACUGACGGCCCCCAUUGCUUUUACAGCAAUCACCGUCUUUACUGAACUCCGUUUUGCCUUGAAUAUUCUCCCAGAAGUGUUCAUUGAAUGGCUUCAGGCGCUUAUCAGUGUCCGUCGUAUUGAAACCUACCUUAACGAGGAGGAGGUGACUGCACCCGUGCCCAUCAAUCCUAACGAGCCAGUUCAUAUUGGAUUCGACCAUGCUACCAUCGGCUGGAAACUUCCUGCUUUAACAGAUGCAUCCGAAGAAACUCGUGCAACCGGUCCUACCGAUGGUUUCAUCUUGAAGGAUGUGGAUAUUCACUUCCCCAACAGUGAAUUGAGUGUGAUUUGCGGCGCAACAGGUUCAGGCAAAACUUUGAUGAUACUUAGUUUAUUGGGUGAAGCUACGAUCCUGAGUGGUCAAGUCCAUUGUCCCCGCACGCCUGUGGCUACUGCUGUCAGUGCGGAUUUUGCCAUCUGCGACGAAAUCCCUGAAGAAGCCUGGAUUCUCGAUCAUGCUGUUGCUUACGUAUCUCAAACAGCCUGGCUGCAAAAUGCUUCUAUUCGCGAUAAUAUUCUGUUUGGUCUUCCCAUGGUGGAGCAGCGUUACAAGGAUACGUUGACGGCCUGUGCCCUUGAUAAAGAUUUGACGAUUUUGGAGGACGGUGAUAUGACGGAAAUUGGCGAAAAGGGAAUCACUUUGUCUGGAGGUCAAAAAGCUCGCGUUGCCUUGGCCCGUGCCGUGUACUCUCGUGCCAAGAACGUGUUGAUGGAUGAUGUACUCAGCGCCGUGGAUGCUCACACCGCUAAACACCUGUAUGAUACUUGCUUGAUGGGACCUUUGAUGCGUAAUCGAACGCGUAUUUUGAUCACGCAUCAUGUGAAACUGUGUCUCGGUGGUACUGCUUACCUUGUCCACAUUCAAAGCGGCCAAGUCAAUUUGUUCGGUUCUCCGUCAGAUUUGCGCCAGUCGGGAUCUUUGGCCACGAUCUUGGAAGAAGAAAAGGGUCAGGAAGAAGCGGAAGAUGAAGAAGAAGCCAUCGAAGAGGCGACAGCACCUGCUAUAGAAGUGACCAAGGUGGAUCUCAACAAAAAGGCACCCAAAGUGUUGGUCGAGGAAGAAACUCGUGCCACCGGCAAGGUCAAGUUUAGAUUGUACAAGUUGUAUCUGAAUAUGGUCGGCAAUCCAUUUUACUGGUUCAUGAUGGCACUAUUCAUUAUUGGCGCUCGUGGUUUGGAUAUCAUGGACAGCUGGUGGAUCAAGGAAUGGGCUCAAUCCUACGAAAAUCAGGACCGAAGCGCUAGUGCCACGGCCUUCCACAUGUUCAAUAUGUCGCCUCAACGUUCUGCCAACUCCUACGGUGGUCUUUAUAUGCCAAUGACCGAUUCGAACGGCUCCGCGGAUAUCGCUGCGAUGGGUACCGAUCCAUCCAUGACAGUGAUGGGCGAUGGUUCAAAGACGGACAGUGUGAACUUUUAUCUCGGUGUGUAUGUGUUAAUCACCAUGUCGAAUAUUUUGGUGGGCACGGUGCGAUUUGCCGGUCUUUACUGGGGAACCUUGCGAGCCAGCAAGAAGCUGUAUGCUCAGUUAUUGCAUCGCGUGUUCCGUGCGCCUCUCCGAUUCUUUGAUACCACCCCCAUUGGUCGUAUCCUCAACCGUUUCUCCAAGGAUUUCGAAACAGUCGACUCCACGAUUCCCAAUGAUUUGCUGAACUUUGUCAUCCAAUGGCUGGUGAUUUUCUCCAGCAUUUUGUCCGUAUCGAUAGUGAUGCCCGUGUUCAUCGUGCCAAUGGUGCUUAUUGCCGUUGUGAAUAUUGCUUUGGGUGCGAUGUUUGUAUCGACUUCGCGGGAAUUGAAACGCAUGGAUUCCGUAUCACGUUCGCCUCUGUUCAGUCACUUUACCGAAACCAUCGUUGGUGUUGCGACCAUUCGUGCUUUUGGUGCCACGCGCCAAUUCUUGCAAGAAAUGUUGAAACGCGUCGACACCAAUGCACGUCCCUUUUAUUACGUUUGGGUGAUCAAUCGCUGGGUCAGUUUGCGUUACGCCCUGAUGGGUGCCACCAUCAAUUCCGUUACAGGAUUGAUCAUUCUGCUCAGCUUGAGCCGUCUGAAUACUUCGCUUGCUGGCUUUAUUCUCAGCUUUGUGUUGCAGUACACGGAUCAGAUGUUCUGGGCUAUUCGUCGCUAUACCAGCUUGGAAAUGAGCUUUAAUGCGGUUGAACGUGUGGUGGAAUUCAUGGAAAUGGAACAAGAAGCCCCGGCCAUCACCGAUGUCCGACCUCCUGCUGCUUGGCCCGCGGAAGGCAGCAUUGAAGUGCAGGAUCUCGAAGUGCGUUAUGCUGCGGAUUUGGACCCUGUGUUGAGAGGCCUUUCGUUCUCCAUUAACCCCCGAGAAAAGAUUGGUGUGGUGGGUCGUACCGGCAGUGGCAAAUCCACGUUGGCAUUAUCUUUCUUCCGAUUUGUUGAAGCCACCAAGGGUCGAAUUCUCAUUGAUAAUAUUGACAUCAAGCACUUGGGCACAGAAGAUUUGCGUGCCAAUUUGACCAUUAUCCCUCAAGAUCCAACCUUGUUCUCUGGCACACUACGUUCCAAUAUGGAUCCAUUUGAUCAAUUCACCGAUGAAGAUAUCUUUAUGGCUCUGCGUCGCGUUCACUUGUUGCCUACCGGCAACGCUGUGGAUGAAGUUGAAUUGAGUGGGGUGAAUUCCAACGUUUUCAAAGAUCUGGAUACACCCGUCAGCGAAGGAGGCAAAAACUUCUCUCAAGGUCAACGACAAUUGCUUUGUCUGGCUCGCGCUUUGCUCAAACGAACACGUAUUGUGCUCAUGGACGAAGCUACUGCCAGCGUCGAUUUUGAUACCGACAAGGCCAUUCAAAAGACCAUUGCCACUGAAUUCGCGGAUUGCACCAUUUUGUGCAUCGCGCAUCGUUUGCACACGGUAAUUGAAUACGACCGUAUUCUCGUGCUGGACCAGGGAAAGAUUGUGGAAUUCGCAAGCCCCUUGGAACUUAUCAAAAACGUUGAGUCGGUGUUCUUCCGCAUGUGUAAAAACUCGGGUGAAUUCGACAGCUUAUUGGCACUUGCCAAGGCCAAACAUCAACUGGUUGACGUCUAAAUCGUAAAAAAAGAAAAAGAGAGCUUUCUUAAAUGCUCAUUUAUUUAUCCUUCAUAUUAAAUAAAUUACUAGAAAUGUAUAGCAUACCGUGGAAAAAACUAUUCGAUAUCAAUG